AUGUCCAAACGUACGGCAGACGCCGAUGACGGCAAUGGGCCGCUCAAAAGCGGUGGCCGUCCCGAUGCGAUGGAUGUUGACGACCAGGCAAGAGAGGAUAUAGGCGAGUUCGAGGACGAAUUUGAGGACGAGUUCGAGAGCGAUGAUGAGAUCCUUGAGGCAGGCGUCGACGGCAGGCCGGACGCCGAGCGCGAGGCAGAGGAGAGGGCUGGUGGUGCCAUGGAUGUCGACAGUGGCCCUGGCACGUUCAUCGUCGGCCGCACGAAGCUUGAACCCGGACAGACACUUGCACCCGACCCGAGUACCUACGAGAUGCUGCACAGUCUGAGCACCCCGUGGCCGUGUCUUUCCUUCGACAUUGUCCACGACAACCUUGGCGACACACGCAAGGUAUAUCCUGCGACCAUGUACACGGUGGCUGGCACACAGGCCGAGAAUCUGCGCGCGAAGGAGAAUGCUCUCAUGGUCAUGAAAUUCAGUGGGCUUGGCCGGAUGGAAAGGGACGAUGGCGGGGACGAGUCAAGCGACGACGACGAAAAUGAAGAUGAAGAUGCCGAGCCGAUCCUCGAGUCCAAGUCAAUACCCCUGACAUCAACCACAAAUCGCAUACGCGCACACCAAACCCCUUCGCAAGACCCCUCGCGACCACCCACCACAGUCACUGCCACAAUGACCGAGUCCUCUAACGUGUUCAUUCAUGAUGUCACGCCUCACCUCGCCGCCUUUGACACUCCAGGCGCUGUGAUCACUGAAAAGCAGAAUAGGCCUCUCUCGACCAUUCGGGCACACAAGUCAGAAGGAUAUGCCGUCGAUUGGUCGCCUCUCUUCCCCGCGGGCAAACUUCUCACUGGCGAUAAUGAUGGACUGAUCUACGUCACUACCCGUACCGAUGGUGGAGGGUGGGUCACCGAUACGAGGCCCUUCCAAGGGCAUGCGAGCAGCGUCGAGGAGAUUCAAUGGAGCCCGUCUGAAGCGUCUGUGUUCGCAUCGGCAUCCAGCGACGGCACGAUCCGCAUUUGGGAUGUUAGAAGUAAGAGCCGGACGCCCGCCCUCACCAUGCAGGUCAGCGAUACCGAUGUCAACGUCAUGAACUGGAGCAGGCAGACAACACAUCUUUUGGCAUCAGGGGCUGACGAUGGUGUCUGGGGGGUAUGGGAUCUUCGGCAGUGGAAACCGAGCUCAUCAAAGUCUACAAAAUCUACCCCCAUCGCAAGCUUUAAUUAUCACAAGGAACAAAUUACUAGUGUCGAAUGGCACCCGACAGAUGACAGCAUCGUGGCAGUGGCCGCGGGUGACAAUACCGUCACGCUGUGGGACUUGGCAGUGGAGCUAGACGAUGAGGAGAGCAAAGAUACCGCUGGCGUGCAGGAUGUUCCACCACAGUUGCUUUUUGUCCAUUAUCACAAGCAUGCCAAAGAGGUCCAUUGGCAUUCACAAAUACCCGGUACAUUGGUUGCGACUGGUGAGGAGUUCAGUAUCUUUAAAACCAUCAGUGUUUAA